GCUAUGCCCUCCGAUGAAGAUCUGAGCAACGUUUCCGACGAGCUGUAUAACCGCAAGAUCCGCGUCCCGCCUUUCAGCCACACGCUGGACGGCCUGGCCGCCUUCACCACCUACCACGUGCGCGUGGCCUGCCAUUCCACCGAGGGCCAUUCGCCCUGGACCCACUGGGUGGCUAUGGACACCUUGGAAGGGGCGCCUGCAACCGCACCGGAGGACGUCGUGGCCAUUCAGAACAGCAGCUACACCACCAUCCAGUGGGCACAACCGCGGGGCAGCCUCAACGGGAUUCUUCGGGGGUACAAGCUGGUUUUCCAAAGUGGGGAUUCGCCUGAGGUGAUCGUGGACGUGGGAAUGACCAACGAGACCAUUUUGUCUCUGAACUCAAGUGUACAGAACUUGACCGUCCGGAUUGCGGCCUACACCAGUGCCGGAGACGGACCCUGGAGCGAAGCCAUCAUGAUCCUCUCCUCGGAAACAGGUGAGAAAUGGGAGACUACCUGGUGGGCCAUCACCUUGGGUGGUUGUGAUGCAGGGGGACCAUCUGGCUCUUCAUUUCUGCUCUGUUCCUUGUGGCUUGGAACAUUACAGAGUUCUAGAGCAGAAGUAGGAACCUCGGUCCCUGCCUUCUCCUGGCACUGGUGGUACGUGGUGAUCGCCGUGGCCACUGCCGUGGCAGCCACCAUCUUCAUUAUCAUCUUCUUGGCACGUAUGAGGAAGAAGGAAACACGCUACGGGGAAGCAUUUGAACCCAACAUGGAGCAGGGAGAGCUGGUGGUUCAUUAUCGCGCCCGCAAAUCGUACAGCCGCCGGACCACUGAAGCUACUUUGAAUAGUCUGGGCAUCAGUGAAGAAUUGAAGGAAAAGCUUCAGGAUGUAAUGAUUGACCGCCAUAGAGUGGCCUUGGGCAAGACCCUUGGUGAAGGUAGGUUCUUGGGACAGUCACUAUUCGGUGUUUGAUGGCCCGUAUUUUUGUCCCAAAGAAAAUUGGUUCAAGAUUGGGACAAGGCUGUACCCCAUAGAAAGGGGCAGGAGCAGACUGAAAAAUGAAAUUUGACGU